UACUUGCUCACCAAAGGAACUCAUCCUGUUCUCUCUCAGAAACCAUAACAUGAGCAGAAAGUGUGUUUGAAUUUCCAGCGUCAGCCUACGAAGCGUUCCCAAACACAAGAGUGUUUGCAAAUAACAGGUGGAGCUCAGCAGGAGAAAGGUCAAGGAUGUCAUUCAAACUGAAGCUACUGGCUUUUCAGCUGUCUGUGGCUACAGCUGGUUUCAUUUUGGUGUUACAAUUCAAAGAAUUGUCUCAACUACAAUUCCAAGACUGGUCUGCAUGUGACAGCUGCAUGUCUGAAAACAGCGGGUUGCUUAGCAGUCGUCUGAACCGUUCUGUUGAACCAGUUUUGUCUUCGAAAACAAACUUGUCAGAGGAAGCUUUCAGGUGGUGGAAGCGUUUGCAGAAUGAACGCCGGGACUUCAGGUUCUUCAAAAAAACGGUCCACAAGCUCUUCCAGAUCUUCCCCCGCAGACCCAAGCUUAGAAAGCAGAGCCCUGACACCUGCAGGACUUGUGCAGUUGUUGGAAAUUCUGCAAAUUUGAAUGGAUCACAUUAUGGACCUCUGAUAGAUUACCAAGACGUCGUUAUGAGAAUGAACUUUGCUAAAAUAAAAGGCUAUGAGGCACACGUCGGGACCAAAACGACUUAUCAUGUCAUGUACCCAGAGAGCGCCAUGAAUUUGCACAACUCCACUCAUCUCGUCUUCUUUCCAUACAAGAUUAUGGAUCUUGAAUGGCUCAUCAAGGCUUUUACGACAGGAUUCUAUGAAAGGUCCUACGCGCCCGUAAAGACCAAAAUUAGAGCCAACAAAGAUUUGGUGAUGGUGAUCAACCCAGAGUUCAUGAAGUAUUCUCAUGAGAAGUGGCUGGAGAAGGAAGGCGCGUAUCCAUCCACCGGCUUCAUGACUUUAAUUUUCGCCCUACACAUUUGUGAUGAGAUCCAUGUCUUUGGCUUUGGAGCAGACAGCGAUGGAAACUGGAGCCAUUACUUCGAAGAGUUGACCAACAAAACACUGAAAACUGGAUCGCACCCUGGAAUUCGUGAAUAUGACAUCAUACAAGAGCUAGCUAAAGAGAAAAUGGUGAAAUUUUACAAAGGUCAUGAUAGUGCCCUUAUUUCAUACAAACAAAAAUUAAAAUAAAAUAUGUGAGAUCACCUGAACUAGUGUGCAUAUUUAGAAUUUAUUAAUCCUGUGUUAUUUUGAUUUUUACUGAACAAAAGUCCAGCUAAGCUGCUGAUUAAUAAUGGGUUAACGUUCAAGGCCAUCUCUAAUAUUCCAAAAGUCACAUAGAAUGUAGUUUUUGGUUUAACACAAAUAUUUAUAUGAUUUAA